CUAUGGCAGUGCAAAAAUUUUCACAGUCUUUACAAGAUUUCCAGUUUGAGUGUAUUGGAGAUGCUGAAACUGAUGAUGAAAUUAAUAUUGCCCAGUCACUGAAAGAGUUUGCUCGGCUCCUGAUUGCUGUUGAAGAGGAGAGGAGACGACUGAUCCAGAAUGCUAAUGAUGUGCUAAUAGCACCGCUGGAGAAGUUUCGUAAAGAGCAAAUAGGAGCAGCAAAAGAUGGGAAGAAGAAGUUUGACAAGGAAAGUGAAAAAUAUUAUUCCAUCCUAGAGAAGCACUUAAAUUUAUCAGCAAAGAAGAAAGAAUCUCAUUUGCAAGAUGCAGAUACACAGAUUGACAGAGAACAUCAAAACUUCUAUGAAGCAUCAUUAGAAUAUGUUUUUAAAAUUCAAGAAGUGCAAGAGAAAAAGAAAUUUGAAUUUGUAGAACCUCUCUUGGCCUUUCUUCAAGGAUUAUUUACAUUUUACCAUGAAGGAUAUGAACUGGCUCAGGAGUUUGCACCAUACAAGCAGCAGCUGCAGUUCAAUUUGCAGAACACCCGUAAUAACUUUGAAAGCACUAGGCAGGAAGUGGAGAGACUCAUGCAAAGAAUGAAAUCAGCCAACCAGGAUUACAGACCACCAAGCCAAUGGACAAUGGAAGGCUAUCUCUAUGUGCAGGAGAAACGACCUCUUGGAUUUACGUGGGUAAAACAUUACUGCACUUAUGAUAAAGGAACAAAAACAUUUACUAUGAGUAUAGCUGAAACAAAAUCUGGUGGAAAAGUGAAUGGCCUUGUCACAAGUUCACCUGAAAUAUUCAAGCUAAAAUCUUGCAUCAGGAGAAAGACAGAUUCAAUCGACAAACGUUUCUGUUUCGAUAUUGAAGUAUUUGAGAGACCUGGAAUCAUCACACUGCAAGCUUUUUCAGAGUCCAACCGAAAACUUUGGCUCGAAGCUAUGGAUGGAAAGGAACCAAUCUACACGCUGCCAGCCAUUAUUAGCAAGAAGGAAGAAAUGUUCUUAAAUGAAGCAGGUUUCAACUUCGUGAGGAAAUGUAUUCAUGCUGUAGAAACAAGAGGUAUUACAAUCCUGGGGCUGUACAGAAUAGGUGGUGUAAACUCCAAGGUGCAAAAGCUGAUGAAUACCAUAUUUUCCCCUAAAUCUCCUCCUGAUAUGGAUAUUGAUAUGGAACUUUGGGACAAUAAAACAAUAACAAGUGGACUAAAAAACUACCUCAGGUGUCUUUCAGAACCACUGAUGACUUUCAAGCUGCACAAAGAUUUCAUUGUUGCUGUUAAGUCAGAUGAUCAGAACUACAGAGUUGAGGCAGUGCACGCGCUUGUGCAUAAGUUACCAGAGAAGAACAGAGAGAUGCUGGACAUCCUUAUCAAGCACUUGGUCAAGGUAUCAUUACACAGUCAGCAAAAUCUAAUGACUGUAUCCAACCUUGGUGUUAUCUUUGGACCAACUCUGAUGAGAGCCCAAGAAGAAACCGUGGCUGCUAUGAUGAACAUUAAGUUUCAGAAUAUCGUCGUUGAAAUUCUGAUAGAGCAUUAUGAAAAGAUAUUUCACACUGCACCAGACCCCAAUAUUCCUCUUCCCCAACCUCAGUCCCGAUCAGGUUCAAGAAGAACAAGAGCAAUUUGUCUCUCCACAGGUUCACGUAAACCCAAAGGAAGAUACACACCAUGUCUAGCAGAUCCUGACAGUGACUCGUACAGCAGUAGCCCAGACAGCACUCCCAUGGGCAGCAUCGAGUCUCUCUCUUCUCACUCCUCUGAGCAGAACAGCACCUCCAAAUGCACACCCUCACAGCCCAGGGAGAAAUCAGGAGGGAUUCCAUGGAUUGCCUCUCCCCCUUCUUCCAAUGGCCAGAAGAGUUCAGGUCUCUGGACUACAAGUCCAGAGUCCUCAUCAAAGGAGGAUGCAACCAAAACAGAUGUUGAGUCAGACUGCCAAAGUGUAGCUUCUGUUACGGGACCAGAGAAUGCCUCUCCACCAACAGACCUGACCAAAAAGAGUUCUUACAGUCUGUCUGGGCUGAAAAGGUCUUCAGCAUCUUCCCUUAGAUCAAUUCCAUCAGCUGAAGGUAACAAAAGCUGCAGUGGAUCUAUACAGAGCUUAUCUUCAACAGAUACCAAAGAUACACCAAAGGCUCCCCCAAACCCUGAUUUGCCUCCCAAAAUGUGCAGGAGACUAAGAUUAGAUACUGCAUCAAGUAAUGGCUAUCAAAGACCGGGAUCUGUAGUGGCUGCAAGAGCCCAGUUGUUUGAAAGUGCUGGUUCACUUAAACAAGUUUCUUCAGGACGACAAGCAAAAGCCAUGUAUUCCUGUAAGGCUGAGCAUAGUCAUGAGCUGUCUUUCCCACAAGGGGCAAUAUUUUCCAAUGUGUAUCCAUCAGUGGAACCAGGCUGGUUAAAAGCAACUUAUGAAGGCAAAACAGGACUCGUUCCUGAGAAUUAUGUUGUCUUCCUCUAGUAAUCUUUAGUGGACAGCUAUAUCUUCAUGGUAUCCAUGGUAACAAAUAAUAAGCACUAUGAUUUUUAUCUGACACAGAUAUGGGAUCAGCCCGUUAGCUGAGUGGUAGGUUUCCUUCAGAUACUGCAGCUGCAGGUUACACAGCUCCCUAUCAACGGAACAGAAUGUGAUGAAACAGUUAACAGUUUUUGUACUGAAGAUGGUACUCUGUUUAAAUAACUUCCAUUGUUUGCAAAAGGUUGUUCUGUUCUUCUUUUAUGGGUAAGGAACACUAGAGCAAUAAAAUAAAAAAAAGUUGCCAUUUAGCUGCAGACCUUCAGGUCCUAGGAAGUGUAAAAUUUAGAGGCAAUGCACUUUAUGACAUUGCUUGCAAUCUAUAGUUUUUAAUAUGAAAAAUUGUAUUUUUUUUCGUAAUGUAAGUAAUGCUUCUAUUGUGAUCUGAAUUCUCCCUUAGAAAACUUGAUUCUAAAAUUAGUCCUAAUCAUUUCAAAUAAGAAAUGAGUUUUCCAUAAAUCAGAAGUUUUGACUUCUGUUAGUCAUUGAGAUUACAAUAUGUUAUAGAAUUUAUGCAACUGAUGAUGAAAUCAGUUUCUACACUGCCUGAGCAUUAAGUGUUCGUUCAAAAUGUGAUAUGUUUAAUGAAUGUUUCAUUCAAAUACUUCUUAGAUUUAUUUCCUCCUUUCUAUAUCAUUAUAGAUAUUAUUAACAACUUUUGUUUUUAUGAUAUCUGUCAUUGGGACAAUAUUCUAAGUGUAUCUCAGAACAGCAUCUGUAGAAAACAGGGAGAUGCUGAAUCUGGAAUGAUUAGUAGUAAUGUGAAGUGAACAGUGAAAAACAGCAGUAUGUUUUGAAACCUGAGAUAAAUUGUAACCAAGUCCUUUUCCAGCUUUUUCUGUUGCAAAUAAGACAAAUGGCCUGUGAAGUAGCUAAUUUUAUAAGCUAUGAAUGCUGAAAGCUCCAUGUAGCAAUAAAAGUAUUUAGUAUUAUUUCUCCUGACUUCUGCUAAACUAUUUCAUAAAGAUUUCUCCCCUUCCACAGAAUAAAAAAGCCUUACUUUUCAAAAGUUUUAUAAAGGCCCAUCGAUUGCUCCUGGUGGGACUUAAAAAAAAAACCCAAACUCAAAAAACCUCCAAAACCAUAAGCAGCUUUCUAAAUCUGAGCAUCUUUCUUGCACACCUUGAGGGAAGACUUGCCCUGCUUCCUUAGCUAUUACCAUGCUCGGUUGAAAACCAAGAUACUUAAGCUCCAUAUUAGAAAUUCACCAGCAUUAGUGCUACAGAAGGAAUUCAUCAUUUCGUAGACCUGUCAAGGAUAAGUUCUUUCUUCAGAAACAUAAAUCAAUGUAUGUGUCUUCUGAUUUCUAAGUUGUACACUAUUUCUAGAAAGUUUAAGAAAGAACUUCUGUUAGGACUAAAAAAUCAGUAGUCUUUUAGUUGCUUCUUUUUUAUCUUUCCAUAGCCUUUUUCUUUUUUAAAUUAGAAAAUAAGAUUUAUUGCCAACUUAAAGAAGCACGUCAGAACCUUCUUUACUUGUAUGUAGUGCAUGCUUUCUGCAGAGCAAUUCUGUGUUCAGAUUCAGGCUUGUGGCAAAAACCUUCAGGAUCCUUCUUGCUAAUUGAAGUGUCAAGUGAUCAGGGAAGCAGAAAGGGAAGGGGGAGUCUGGGCAAGACUGACUGCAGGCAGUUGAGGGCAGAUCCCUUGAAUUAGCGACUGAGUUAUCUGGGUUCUUCCUUCACUCUAAACAGUUUCAUUGAAGUCCCAAAGCAUGUUUCACUUCACCUUGAGACCAGACUGUGUUCAGCGUGUUGUGGUGAAGAGUUGUCCCAGACAUUGUCACAGGCAGACAUCUAAUCUACCCAGAGCAGAUGGGAAAGGAAGCAAAGGGCUUUUCUCAUCAGAUUGAGCCUUUUCUAUUUUUAAGGCAAGCCAAGAUUUCUUAUGUAAGCUAUGCCUGAAACUGCCAUUGCCCUGAGAUAACAUGUUUUUGGUUGUGGUUUUGUUGUAUUUCACAAUCCAAAAAUUGCAGAAUGUCAAAAAUCUUACCUCUGGUGACUUUCCCAGGAGUGCUGCUGGAGGCAGAAAGGAGCAGGGAGGCAGAGCUUUGAGCAGAGGCUGGAAGCCCAGCACGUCUCACCCAGGCAGAGAAGAGAAAUACAGUGAUUUGGGGAAGAAGACACUUCUAUCUAUUGCACUGGGGUCAGUGGCAAACAGACCUUUGCUGAACAUCCUUUUAUGACCUCUUAUACCUCUUGGGAGGAAUGUAAUUGUCAUGUAAUUCUUGAGAAACAAUGAAAUAGAAAAUGCUUGCUCUUAGUUGCUUUGCUUUAGCCUCAUUUAAAAAGAAGGGGGAAAUAAACUAGUCUUAGGUAAUACUACAGCCUGUAUAUAUGUCUUGGUAUUCUCCAAUAUUAUGUUUUGAAACCAGCUGAUCUUAGUGCAAGCUAGAAGACUCAAAGAUGCCACGUUCAUUUAAAAAUUUGUACAAAUGCAAAGUUCAGUUGCAGAUUAAGUAAGUGGAGUCUGUAAGUGCUGAGGGAAAGGCUGGAGAAAGACCCCGAGUAAUCCCUGUGGUGGAGAGGUGUUCUGUCUGUUCCCAGGCAUUCAUCUCACCUUAGACACACAAUUGAAUUGCAAAAGACAACUUAAUAAGAAACUGGAUCCCAUUCAUUCUGCUGCUCACAGAACAAAUCAGUGUUUUCCUCGGCAGGACUCUGCCCUUUUUCAGGCCCUUCUUCUGAACCAGCCAUGAUGGUCACAGCAAAUAUUUUUAAGUAGCUUAGCUUUAAAAUGGCAUUUCUGUCUGCAAAAGGUUGCGCCCAUUCUUAAUUCCAGUGAACCACUCACUCUCAGUGAGCUGAGUAAGGUUUUUCACUUUUUCAAGCAUUUUAUGUUUUUUCUGUUCUUCUCCUCUGCGGUACGUAACAAGCACUUUGUGUGUAAUCUCACUGCUGGGUUGUGGAUGCCCCAGCUCUUCCCUGGCUGUGCAGGAGGGAGUUUAUCUCUACCACAAGCUGCACAAUGGACUGGAAAGUUAAGUAAGUAGGUGUUCAAAGACUGACAUGGGGAAGAGGACAGCACCAAAGCUUGUCUAAUGAUGAUACUCUCAGGCUUGACCAAGAAUUCCUUCUGAUAAUUGGAAAGGAUCAGAAAUUCAUGCAGCAUUUAAAUGAAGAUAGAAUAUCUUGAUAGUGCCUUACCAGAAAAUCAGGCAAGCUGAACUAAAUUAGUUCAUAGUAUUGAUUUACUGUUUUUUAUGAAAGUCAGAUUCACUCUAUAAGCAAAGGUUGCGCAAUUUUUUAUUAUUAUUAUUAUUAUCCUUCCUAAAAGGAUGCAGCAGUUUUUUUCCAAAUAUCACUGUAGAACUCUAAGUAGAUGACACAUUGUGAUUGCUGUUUGUCUUGUGGAAAUCAUGUCUGUACUCACAACCUAUGUAAUUAGCCACCUUUUUUCUUUGUUAAAGCCUUUGAUACAUGUUGCAGCACAACAUGAAUCAAAUUAAUAGUGUGAAGGACUGAUAUAUUGUAUGAUAAAUAUGUAAAGUAUAUUAAUAUUUUAUAUUCACACUUUUUAUUAAUGAUGCUAAAGAUGAAAAAAUAUUUUUGAUGUAAUUCCUAUGAGUUCAGUGUUAAAAUGUCCUUGCCAUAUGUUGGCAUUUAGAGUUCUAUGUAAAAAAACUCUUAAAUUAAACCAUAGCUAUCACUUAUGUCCCUAACUAAUCUAUAAAGUUCACUGCUCAAUUUUUUUCUGGAAAAAAAUGAUGCACAGUUUUGCUGACCAGCGCUAUUCUAUGAUAGUAAUAGUAAGUUAUUUUCCUUUUAUAUGUUUUCUAGUGCUAAUCUCUAUUCUCUGCCUGUAAUUGGAUUGAAUUGUAAUGUGCCUUUAGGAAAGACAUGUUAGGAGAGGAAAAGUUGCAAAAUUCAGCAGUUCAGAACAAUAAUUACAACAACAAAAAAAAGCACUGUAUGGCAGUAAUUGGAUUUUUUUGUUACAUUUCUUCACUGAUCUGUUUUCUACUUAAUAAGAUUGCAUCAGAAUAAAUAAUUAAACUAAAAAGCAUAUUGUUCUUCAUACUUCUUUUCCUAAGGCAGCAGUUUAUGCAAUUUUGGGUUGAGCAGCAGGAAGAGAAAUCCCAGUAGGGGAGCACAUCCUCCGGACUGGGGUAGAUCUUCUCCUCUGAUGGAAACUCACAAAGCUCUAGCGAAGUCAAAGACAGACCUUUGGCAAUUUACAGUGAGGGUUUGCUGGCCAGAAACCCCCAGAAAGUAAAAGGAAUAUUCUGUUGAUGGGUUAACAUAUGAUACAGCUUGGCCUUACCCAUUCUUUCUGCAGAGUGCCCUGUAUGAAUCAUUCAAUUACCAGAGAUCAAGCUGUUGGCAAAGUUCAGUCUUGUUGCUUGUGGUCACAGAGCCCCGACUGCCGCUGCCGCCGUGGUCCUUCCAGGUCCUGCUCAUGCCAAAGUCAGGCUGUUGAUCAGGCUGUUUCAGCACAGGUUGGGAGGUCUUUUAUUUUGGAUAAGAUUUUGCAUGGGCUUUGGGAGUUUGCUUUCUUUUGUUUUAAUAAGGUGCUUGGUAUCCAAACAGCUACUAAUUCAAUGUUGUAAUUCGGUCACUGAUGAUCAUAGCAUUGUUUUUCUUGUCCUGUAUGUGGCAGCAUUUAAUAAGGCAUUGGACUGUCCUUGUUAUUUUAAGUAUAGGGAAUGGUGCUUCAACCCUUGGAUGUCUCGGCUAAAAGCUAUUCUGCAUCUGAGCUUUUUGCAAAUUGUUUUAUUGGGAAUUAUCAUUAAAGUUCUGACACUAAAGACAGCACCGUGAUUUCAGCACUACAAGAGUUUCUGUUGCAGCAAAGGGCAAAGCAGCUGAACAGGGCACAUGGGUAGUCUCAAUUUUCAAUCAUAUUUAUGACAAUUUUGGAGGUAUUAGAGUUUAUAGGGGUUACUUUAGAUACUAUAUGGUAUUUUAAUAGGAAAGUAUAUACAAUCAAUAACUAUAUAUAUUUAAUAAAGUUCUACUAAAUUAUCUUACUGAACUCUCUGUUUAUUUUGUAGUGUGGUUUCAAUAAUUAUCUGCACUCUGUAUAUACCUACAUGUAAAUAACUGGCAUGACAUGCAUAAGCUGACUUGCAGACAUAAUUCUAUGUUGUACUUUACACUGUAUUUCGAAAAUUUGGAAAAAAUUUUCAAAAUAAAAAGCCUUUCUACACAAA